UGAAAAUCUGUCAUCGUUGGUGCUAGCAUGUCUGGCCUUGCUACUUAUUUGUUUCUUAAAGGACACCUUCCUUUCCCCGAUGCCCAUGAGAUCCAUAUCUAUGAGAAGCGUCAUAUCUCAAGACAGCAAGGAGCGGGCGUAGGGGUCUCUGCCAAUGGCUUACAAGUACUCAACAACCUGGGGCUGUCGGAUGAAGUGCUCCAUGAUGGUUCCAUGUGUAAUUUCUUUUUGAUCCAUGGCGUCAACGGAUGGCCACUUGCAAAUCUGUGAACAGGACGUCAUGCUCACGAAUGCUGCGUCUCAAUUAGCCGACACGCUUUGUGGAAAGUCCUGAUGACAGGAGUAAGGGAUGUCGUCCCCUAUUGUGAGGUCAGGAAUAUCGGACAUGAUACAAGUACCGGAAGGGUCCUUGUGAAGGUAGA